ACACUGCCAUCUUGUCACUUUCAAAUUACAAGCUAAAAAAAAAAAGUUUUUAGUGUCUGCGUAUCAAAUUCAUUAUGUAAUCCUUUCUUUUCUCUCUUUCUACAAUGUCUGUCUACGAUGCUGACAAUAAUGACUACGAAUGGGAUGACAUUACACCUAGUUUACAAGAUCAAAUAUUUGAUGAGCUAGACAGUCAAGUCGAUUUCUUUAGAGAAGAGACAAAUGAUAUAAACGUACCCUUGGACUUGACAGACAGCAAAUCAGCCUUUGACGUUUUUCUCGAUCAACUCUUACAAAUUCCUUUUAAAAACAAACCAGCAGCUAAAAAGAAAAAAAUACCUCUUGGCGAGAUCUCUGUCAAUCAAAUGACAAACACGAAGCCAGUAGACGACAAAGUAAAAGAAAAAGUACAUGAUUCACAAGAAGAAGCCAUAUGGGGAGAUAUUGACGCCGAUUUGUUGUCCAAUAUGGACAUGAUAAUAUCCAACGAAAAAAAGACAGAACCCUUUAAGGGCUUUUCAACAGCUUCUGGAAAGGCAUUAAAACCACCUUCAAAAGAAGCAAUGCAGAAAGCUAUUCAGAGUCUCAAAGAAGAUCACGAAUUGCCUCAUAUGCCACACGAACAAGUACCCACAAUGAAAGGAUUCCAGACAGCAAGUGGAAAAUCAUUGAAGCCUGUAUCAGAAGAAUCCAAAAAGAAGGCAUUAUCGAUAUUUCAAGAAUUAGAAGAAAGCAAGCCUGUUCAGCCCACUAGUUUUAUGACAGCAUCUAAAAAGCCAAUCAAAGAACCCAGCAUUCAAAGUAAACAGAAUGCUAAGAAGCUGUUUGAGGAUUUACAGGAAUUCAAAGAGACGAAACGACCUUUGGAUCAGCCACUUUCUGCGGACAAUCGAUAUGAAAGUGUCUUGAAGCAGUUUGGUGGAUUUAAAAGAGGAUACAGUGAAGAAUCUAUUACAGUAUCAGAUCAAGCAAAACGAAGGGCUGUCAGUCUGUUUGAAAAAGAUUCAACAGUACCUUCAGAUGAUGUCUCACUGAAAUCAGUAUCCACUGUACCAGAAAUGCCAGUGAAUGUAUCACUCAAACCAACACCCAAGACACCUUUAGUCAAACGCAAUAAACGUAUACCAGCCAUUCAAAAACAAAACAAACCAUUCAAAUCACCCAUUAUCCGCUCUAAUAUCGAAUUGACCAAGGCAGCUGUCAGCAACAAUAGAAACGCAAUCAAGGCUAGAGGAAAUUCAGUGUUUGACUUGACAGUGCCGAACAACCGAUAUACCCUUUCUUCUUUAGGCUUACCUUUACAAUAUACCAAAGAGCAACUCUUAUCUAAGCAAAUUCCUAUCUCUGUCAUCUACAUGACUGUACAGAGUGCAAAAAAGUAUGUGUUUGAUGAUGAUUGGGGACCCAAGAAAGCAGAACAAGACAUGAUCCAAAAGGGUUGUUUGCCACACUGUUUGAGUUUUGCUUGGGUAGAAAACCAUUAUACAUUGAUUGUAUGGAAAAUGGCCUGUUUAAUUCGAUCUUAUCCUGACCAGUUUAGAGACUGUUGGGACAAACAAAGAGUGCUUGACCAGCUCCUUUAUCGAUAUGAGCGUGAAAUCAAUAUGGGCAUCGUCCUGUAAUAAAGAAGAUUUUAGAGCAAGAUGAUAUCUCUGUUAAGCAUAUGAUUUUGUUUAUUUCAGACAUUAUUGAUAUCAAGACACCCGUUCAUUACAAUACAUCUUCUAAAUAUUUACUUCAAUUGUCGGAUGGUUGGUAUCAAGUACCAGCAUGCAUUGAUAUUCGUAUGGAGCAUGCUAUCACCAAAAAGAAGUUGCGCAUAGGCCAUAAGCUAUCCAUUUGUGGGGCUCAAGUUGCAGGCGAUAGAGCAGCUCAGUCACCUUUGACUAUUCACAACAGUAGUACAUUUCUGUCUAUCACAACCAACAGUAGUUUACCUGCUCGCUGGGAUGCCAAACUAGGCUAUCAUAAACGCAAG